AUGCCGAGGGCUAGAGCUACCAGAGUUAGGGGGGAGGCAGCCCCCGAGGUCAGAGUUGAGGCCCCAGCUAGGGGUAGAGGUCGGGCUAGAGGCCGAGAACGUGGUCGAGGCCGUGCCAGAGGAGCGGCACCUGCCCGAGGCCGAGGUAGAGAGCCUUUACCUGAGCCACAAAUUGGAGUAGCUGCAGAGCAGGCUCCUGCGGGCCAUGCACCCCUAGUUCAUGAUGACAGACUCGACAGGAUAUUUGGGUUAUUGGAGCGUCUUGCUCAGGGUGCAGCAGGUAUACCAGCGGGGUUACAAGCUGGGGUAGGGGCACGGGCCCCUGGUUAUCAGCAUCAGAUUCCAGUGGUUCCAGAGCCGGUGGUUCAGCCACCACAGGGUCCAGCACCGGUUGUAGGUGUACCGGCGGCCCUUAAGGUGGCCUUGGCAGAUGAUGACCAGGUCUGCUAUGAGCGGUUUCAGAAAAUGAAACCACUUCAGUUUCAUGGUGCUAAGACUGAUGAUGCUCACGAGUUUUUGACCUUGAGUCGAGAGAUGUUGGCGGCGGUACGCAUGUUAGAUGAGAGGGGUGUCCGAUUUGUGUCCCUUCAAUUACGCGGUGUCGCUAGGGAGUGGCUGAGGACCUUCAUGAGUUCGAGACCAGCGGGAUCUCCUCCCAUGGAGUGGAGUGAGUUUGCUAGUGCUUUCGAGGGUCGUUUCAUCCCUUGGAGUGUACAGGAGGAGAGCCGUGUGAGGUUUGAGAGUUUGGUGCAGGGUAGCAUGUCAGUCGCAGAUUACGAGGCUCGAUUCUGUCAGUUGUCGAGACAUGCCUCUGCUUUGAUUUCAGGUGAGCCUGAGCGGAUUCACAGAUUUGUCAAGGGUUUGACUCCCACUAUCCGUAGUUAUGUGUUUAGAUCAUCUCGUGAGGGUGCUUCCUUCCAGACUAUAGUGAGUGCAGCCAGAGAGGCUGAGUUGCUUGAGCGGGAUGACUUUAGUGGGCCCAAGAGGGUUCGUACAGGUGGUCAGUAUUGGGGUACCUCGUCAGGAGGUAGGGGUCCACACAGGGGAGGCGGGUCCUUCCUGCGUCAGAGGCCAGUACAUGCUUCAUUACCAAAUAUCGAGGGUGGGCCAGCAGCUCGGGGUCCUCCAGGUUCAGGUCGAGGUGGUUAUAGCAUUACUUCGGGUUCUUCACAGUCAGGAUCCACACCGAGGUCUUGUUAUGGUUGCGGUGAUCCAGGCCACUUGAUUCGUCAGUGUCCACAUCAGACUCAGUCUGGACCACACCGUACUUUCUCCGCGGUCCCAGAGAGAGAUUCAGCACCUCCGGCUAGAGGUCGGGGUCGGGGACCGGCAUCUGGUAGAGGCGGACGAGCUUCGGGUAGAGGUGCUAGUGGCGCCUCAGGUUCACAGAGUGGGGGCAGAGGUGCCCAGUGUUAUGCUUUUCCUGGGAGGCCCGAGGCUGAGGCUUCUGAUGCAGUUAUCACAAGUAUCGUCUCAGUUUGUCAUCGGCCUGCUUCCGUGUUAUUUGAUCCUGGUUCUACAUUCUCAUAUGUGUCUACAUAUUUUGCUUCUGGCCUUGAGUUGACUUGUGAUCGUAUGUCUGUGCCUAUUAGAGUCUCUACACCCGUAGACUUUGAUGUCAUAUUGGGUAUGGACUGGCUUUCCCCCUAUCAUGUGCUUCUUGAUUGUUAUGCUAAGACUGUCACCUUAGUUAUUCCGGGUAUUCCUAGAGUGGAGUGGAGAGGGACUAGUGGUUCGUAUCCCAACAGGGUCAUAUCUCAUAUUCGGGCUCAGAGGAUGAUUGACCGGGGUUGUUUAUCUUAUUUGGCCUUUAUUCGGGAUGUUGGAGCUGAGUCACCGGCCAUGGAGUCUAUUCCAGUGGUUCAGGAGUUCCCUGAUGUGUUUCCCGAGGAUCUACCUGGUGUUCCUCCUGUUCGUGAUAUUGACUUCUCUAUCGACUUGGAGCCGGGCACCAAGCCCAUAGCUAUUCCACCUUAUCUGUGUCGCCUUGGGGUGCACCGGUCUUAUUUGUGA